UCAUUACUCAAACGAUAUAACCCUAGACGCUAAGUACUCCGUCAAACAACAUAUCAAGCCCUAGAAAUAGCUAUUCCUUUACCGCCUACCAUGGAAAUAAUUAACCUUCCAUUAAACAACGCAUCCUUACCAGGGAAACCCCCGACAUGGACAAAAGUUAUGGUUCUCACCGAAUCCAGAAUCACCCACGAUGCGGUACCAAACUCCCAGACUCCGACUCUCGCCUAUUGCUACCAUCUUCCGCCUAGUAGUAAAUGGCAUGUUGGAUGGGACGACAGCAUUGCGUGGUUGAGAUUUAAGCUUUUCGCUGAAGAAAUGCCAGAGUUGGGUUUGGUUUGCCCGGGGUUACGUGGACGGAGUUGUUUUAUUGUCUGAUUUGACAGUUGAACUAUGUACAGAUUGGAUCAGGCAUGGCCUUCAAGCUUUAACCCAGGACGUGAC